UUAGUCUGAUACAAGACGCGGUUUAGUUUCAACCGUUCAGGUAUAGGAUAGUAACUUGCGAAAGUUCUGGCAACAGACGGACUUUGUGGGUUUUCAUCCAAUGAGUUCGACUACGGCUUAGUCAAUGUCCAACUGUGGAUCGAGAAGCAACGCAUCGUUCUGCUGAAAACUAAAGUGACUUGUGUGGUGUGUGUAGGGCAGUGCGAAAAUCGCCUAUCCACGCACCAUUUUCCGUAUCAGAUGAGGAAGGACAGCAGCUGAUGGCCUGCUGCGAAAUAAAUUCAAUAUAGGAUCAAACAGUUGUCGUUUUUGAGCCUGGGUGAAAAAAUGACAGUGGUGAUCUGUGCCAGAUAUCAACGGAAUUUGUCUCAAAUCGCAGACUGCUCGCGGAGUUCGGUUUUGAGCCUGUCGUGAGCCAACUAGACAAAAACGUAACAAAUCUUCCUACGUGUUCCCGAAACUGUGAUAUUGCUAAGAAAAACACAAAUUUUCCCAUUAGUUUAAUAUAAGUGCGGAAUCGUGAUUCGUGUAAAGUUAGUGUAAUCGUUAAAAGUGUUAAAGUGAACAUAAAGACAGCAACAAGCAAAACAACACAGCUGCUAGAGAAAAAGGUUUCGUACGAUAGAUCCUCCUCUCAUCACGUGCGAUCGUUGAUUUUGAGUUUUGCUAGUUUCGGAAAACAAAAUAGAAGAGGUGCAUAAACAAGCGAUAAAAUGACGGGCAAAGAAACAUCCGCCCUGGUGGAUAAGGGCGCCCUGCCCAAAAUCGAGGCCACCAGCGAGAAAGGUGUGACACUUCCAAACCUCGAGGGUCAGCCCAGCAAGAGCGAACGGGGUAAAGCGCUGCGGCAGGUGAUCGCCGCCUUCAUUGCCAACCUCGGUACGAUCAACACCGGUCUGAUUUUCGGUUUCUCGGCCGUGGUUAUACCACAACUACAGACUCCGGACUCAAUCAUCACAGUCGACGAAAGCCAAUCAUCGUGGAUCGCUUCACUAUCGGCCAUCGGUACCCCGAUCGGUUGCCUGCUGAGCGGUUACAUGAUGGACAAAUUCGGCCGCAAGAAGGCUUUACUGAUGACCGAGAUCCCGCUCAUCAUUGGAUGGAUCAUGAUCUCCUGUGCGACGAAUGUGGAAAUGAUCUACGCUGGGCGCGUUCUUACCGGUUUCGGUUCCGGAAUGGUUGGUGCUCCGGCUCGUGUGUACACCUCGGAGGUGACGCAACCGCACCUGAGGGGUAUGCUGUGUGCUUUGGCCUCAAUCGGCAUCAGUUUGGGUGUGUUGUUCCAGUAUACGCUCGGUGCUUUUACGACGUGGAAAAUUCUGUCGGCCAUUUCGGCUUGCGUUCCAGUUUUGGCGUUCACACUUAUGCUGUUUAUGCCGGAAACUCCCAACUAUCUGGUGACCAAGAACAAACCGGACAAGGCUCUGAAGAGUUUGGCCAUGCUUCGGGGAUCGACCUACAAUUUGGAAAGGGAAGUUAAUCAAUUGCAAACGUUUGCACAGAAAAGUAACCAGAAGAAAAAGUUGUCACCGAAAGAAACCCUUCAAGCGCUACUACAUCCGUCCUGCUUAAAGCCAUUCGGCAUACUGACCAUCUACUUCAUGAUGUACCAGUUUAGCGGUGUCAACACAAUCACGUUCUAUGCGGUGGAGAUCUUCCGCGAUUCUGGUACAACUAUGGAUAAGUACACCUGUACGAUCAUGCUGGGAAUUGUUCGGUUCAUAUUCACUAUCAUCGCAGCCAUUCUACUGAGAAGGUGCGGUAGGCGUCCAUUGACUUUCAUCUCCGGCAUUGGGUGUGGCUUUACGAUGAUCGGCUUGGGAACUUAUUUGUACUACAAAAAAACUUGGGAAAUGGCUGAUCCACCAAUCGCACCGACGGUUACCUGGUUCCCAGUUGCAUGCAUCUUCUUAUUUACCAUCACUUGUACGCUUGGAUUCCUGGUAGUUCCUUGGGUGAUGAUCGGUGAACUGUACCCAAUGAAGGUUCGAGGAAUCGUUGGAGGAUUCACCACAUGUAUGGCACAUACGUUCGUGUUUAUCGUUGUCAAAACAUAUCCGUUCCUGUCGCACGUGCUCGAGAGGCAUGGAGCGUUCAUCCUGUACGGAUGUAUUUCGUUUUUGGGAACUGUCUUCUUCUACCUUUGCCUGCCGGAAACCAAGGGCAAAAGUCUACAGGAAAUCGAAGACUAUUUUUCCGGUCGCAUUAAAUCGUUGCAGAAAUCGAAGCAACUAGAAGCGGAAGGCCAGUUGAACAAUAACUCCAAACCGCAGCUGCUGACUGUGGAGAAAAACAAGCUGCUACCUUGAGACGCCUGUAGCUAGGUCGAUAGUGCCAUACAAAGCGUAAAAUGCUUGCGAACCGGAAGUAUUGUAAGACGAAAAAAGUGAUACUCUUCGCCCUGUACCCCAUCCCUACUCCAAAAUUCAAAAGGCCAUCAUUUAUCUGCAGCUGCUAGAAUGACAAUGGCGCAGUGAACCAGUGUAAGUUCUUUUUCCUUUACCAACCUAGAUAAGGAUCUGCGGAACGGAGAGCCCCAUGUUUUAAUUAGAUGGUCUAUAUUAGAUUACACGUUAAAUAAUGUCUCAUUAUAGUAUUAUGAACGCUGCUGGUCGACGACUGACUGUUUAUUACGUUUAAACAUUUCGUUUGAAUGUUUUACUAUACCUACCGUUGUUUUUUAGAAUUUUUCAUUUGGCAAAUAGUCGACAAAUUUUGUUUCUAAAUACUUAUGCAUGAAUGCUCAAUGUGUUAAGCUGAAUGGAAUACGAGAAGGGAUCUGACUAAAGUGAAACAACUAUUGGAGGGCCAAACUAUUAGCGUAAGUCACUCAGGUAUACCCCAAAAGUGCUUUUAAAAAUACAGAUACACACAGAGUGCCACUUUUCGAGUAGAUUCGUGCCCCACACACAUUCGUGGGGUAAAACGUAUACAAAAUGAAGUAAUUUUAUGCUACAUAUAUCGCACUGUAAGUAAGGAAAAUAUUUUUACUAUAGAAUUUAUUGUGAUAGCGGUUUUCACUUAUGCAGAGUAUAUACCGACAUACUGAUGUACUCUGCUGAAUGGAAAAGAAAUCGAUUUGUUAUAGGUAGGUACUUAAUAAUAAAGGAUGCCGAGACUAGGGGGCUUUGAACGAUGUUUUCUAUGAUUAUAGUGCAAGUUAAAGCGAAGUAAAA